AUGAUAUCUUACAUAUCCAUAGUCACAUCAGAAACCACAUCAAGUUCAAGUUCAAAUACAAGUGGAUCAUCAUCAACUACCGAAUCCCCUACUAUGGUUUGGGUAACAGGUACAGAUGCACUGGGAAUAACAAGAACAACUCAAUCUACAUAUUAUCAAUCAUUUGCAUCUAUGUACACAUCAACCGAAUCACCAGAAAGUGCAUCUAUAGGAAUGGGUUCAAUAAGUGAUGCUGAUGAAGUUGGAAGAAUUAGAUCAUAUGAAAGGACAACUAUAACACAAACUGGUAGUGCAAAUUCAUAUAUACACAAUAAUUACUUAUUUAGUAGAGAUUUAUCGGUGGUAAAAUUUAUAACUUUGGGAUUAAUCAGUUUAAUUACAUUCAUAGUAGUUAUCAUAUAG